AUGGCAUUAGUAUCAGCUGCUCCAUAUUUGGCAUUACUUGGAGAACCAGAUAAUAGUUUAAAAUCAUAUGCAUUAACAUCAUUAAAUGAUAUAGUAGAUCAAUUAUGGGCAGAAAUUGCAAAUAAUAUAACAGAAUUAGAAGAUUUAUAUGAAGAUGAAAAUUUCACCAAGAGAUCAUUAGCAGCAUUAAUUAUAUCAAAAGUUUACUAUAAUUUAGGUGAUUUUGAUACUUCUGUGAAAUAUUCAUUAUGUGCUGGAGAUGAAUUUAAUAUUGAAGAACAAUCUCAAUAUAUGGAAACAAUUGUAAGUCAAUGUAUUAAUUUAUAUAAUUCAUUAUCAAGAAAAAAAUUUCAAGAUGAAAAUGUUAAAAUUGAUCCAAGAUUGAAAAUAAUUUAUGAAAAAAUGUUAUCAAAAUGUUUAAAAUCUGGAGAAAUUAAAUUAACUUUGGGAAUUGCAUUAGAAUCAUAUAGAUUAGAUUUAAUUGAAUCAAUAUUAAAUGAACAAAUCAAAGAAAAUGAAGAAAACGGAUUAAAUUUAAUCAAUUACGUUUUGGUGUGUACAAAUUCCACAAUAAGUGAUCAAAAUUUUAGAAAUUUAAUAUUAAAUAAAUUAAUUUCAUUAUUAUUAUCAUUGAAAAAGAAUCAAGAUUUUUUCACAAUUAUUAAAAUUAUAGUACAAUUAAGUGAUUCAACUUUGGCAACUAAAAUUUUCCAAGAAUUAAUUAAUCAAGAAGAACAAUUAAUUGCAUAUCAAGCAGCUUUUGAUUUAGUAAAUACUGCAUCACAAGAUUUAUUAGAUAAUGUCAUAACUUCAUUAUCAGAUGAUUCAGAAAAUUUAAUAACCAAAAAAGUUUUAAAUAUUUUAUCAGGAGUACCAACUUGUGAUUUUGAUAAUACUUUCCUUUACAAAAAUAACAACACUGACAUAACGAUAUUAAAUAAGACAAAGAAUUUAUUAGAUGGAAGAAGUUCUGUAUUUCAUUCAGCUGUUACUUUUGCAAAUGCUUAUAUGCAUGCAGGUACAACUGAUGAUUCAUUUUUUAGAAAAAAUUUAGAAUGGUUAGGUAAAGCAACUAAUUGGUCAAAAUUUUCAGCAACUGCUGCUUUGGGUGUAAUACAUAAAGGUAACUUAUCACAAGGUCGUACAAUUUUGAAACCUUAUUUACCUGGUUCAACAAGUGCUGCUCAUACUAAAGGUGGUUCAUUAUUUGCAUUAGGUUUAAUCUUUGCUGGUCAUGGUAGAGAAGUUAUCGGAUACCUUAAAAAUUUUAUUGAUGAAAAUGGUAAUGCAGCAGGUUCAAAUGAAAUUGAUGUUCAAUUACAUGGAGCUUCAUUGGGUGCUGGUGUAGCAGGUAUGGGAUUAAAAUCAGAAGAAUUAUAUGAAUCAUUAAAAGUUGUACUUUAUUCAGAUUCUGCUAUAUCAUCACAAGCAGCUGCUUAUGGUAUGGGAUUAAUUAAAUUAGGUUCAGGUGAUGAAAUUGCAACUAACGAUAUGUUAACUUAUGCUUUGGAAACUCAACAUGAAAACAUUAUAAGAGGUUUAGCCAUUGGUUUAGCAUUAUUACAUUAUGGACGUGAAGAUAAAGCAGAUUAUAUUAUAAAUGAUUUAAUGAAACAAGAAUCUUCAAUUUUAAGAUAUGGUGGUGCUUUUAAUAUUGGGUUAGCUUAUGCUGGUACUGGAAAUAGUGAAGCUAUUAAGAAAUUAUUACAUUAUGCAGUUUCUGAUCCAAGUGAUGAUGUUAGAAGAGCAUCAGUAUUAAGUUUAGGUUUUGUUUUAAUUCGUGAUUAUACUGCAGCACCACAAUUAGUUAAAUUAUUAUCACAAUCUCAUAAUCCUCAUGUAAGAUAUGGUACUGCAUUAGCAUUAGGUAUUUCAUGUGCUGGUAGAGCUUAUGCACCAGCUAUUGAAGUAUUAGAACCAUUAACCAAAGAUCCAGUUGAUUUUGUAAGACAAGGUGCAUUAAUGGCAACGGCAAUGAUAUUGAUACAACAAAAUGAAUUCUUAUUUCCAAAAGUUAAAGAAUUUACAAAACAAUAUGCCGAUACUAUUAAAAAUAAACAUGAAGAUGCAUUAGCUAAAUUUGGUGCAACUUUAUCACAAGGUAUAAUUGAUGCAGGUGGUCGUAAUGUUACAAUAAAUUUAGAGAAUUCUCAAACAAAUACAUUAAACACCAAAGCUAUCGUAGGAUUAGCUAUUUUUGCACAAUCAUGGUAUUGGUAUCCAUUAGCUCAUUUUCUUUCAUUAUCAUUUGCUCCAACAGCUAUAAUAGGAGUAAGAGGUGAAGAUUUAAAAAUACCAAAAUUUGAAAUAAAUUGUCAUUCAAAUCCUGAAUAUUGGAAUUAUCCUGAAAAAGUUGAGGAAACAAAAGAAGAAAAACCAGAUAAAUUAACUACCGCGGUAUUAUCAACUACAGCUAAAGCCAAAACAAGAGCUAAAAGAAAACAAUCAACUAAAAAUGAAGAUGAACCAGUUAAAAUGGAUAUAGAUUCUAAAAAAGAAGAAGUUAAAAAACCAACCACCACAACAGAAAAAAGCAAGACAGAAGACUCCAAAGAUUUCAAAGACUCAAAAGAAACUACUAAAACUCAACCACAAUCACAACCACGUUACACCAAAACUCCUUACAAGAUUGAUAAUUUAUCAAGAGUAUUACCAUCACAAAUAAAUUACAUUUCUUUUAAAGAUGAUAGAUUUUUACCAGUUAGAAAAUAUAAAGGUAGUAUAAUUGUAUUAAAAGAUUCUAAACCAACAGAACCUAUAGAGCUCAUCAAAACUGUUAGACAAUUAAAUAUUAGUGAAGCUCCAUUACCCGAACCUUUCACAUUAGAAGAAGAAGAUGAUGACGAAGAAGUAGAAUAA